UUUGUUCUUUUUACAGUGAAAAAAUGACUGGAAGGAACCAGCACAAUGGUUUUCAGUUUGCAACCACAGUGCAGCCACCCACAGGUGGUUACAUGUCAGUUUUUGGAAACAACUCAGAGACUGACUACUCAGAGGAGGACGGAGAGGCCUUUGAGCUGCGUUCCAGAGGCAGGGAAAGGCAUCGCAGGAGCACAUCUACAGAUCGCAAGGACGAUAUCAUUUACUUGAUAAGGGACAUAAAAGACGGGGAUACGCUGAUCAGUAUUUCCCUGCAAUAUUUCUGUACAGUUGCAGACAUAAAGCGGGCCAACAAUCUUCUAACUGAACAGGACUUCUUUGCGCUGCGGUCCAUAAGGAUCCCUGUGAGAAAGUUCAGCUCAUUCACAGAAACUCACAACACUGCUCCGCAUAAAAGCAGCUCACCUGUCGGCACUCGCAGAAUCUCGGAGAUCCCAGGUUCUGGAGCUUCCUUGGACUCUUCAUCCUCUUCCUCCUCUGUGGACAGCGUGGAGUGCUUCCUUCGAAAGGACAAGGACAUUCAACUUCUUGUCAAGUCAUCUGCCCCUUCCAGGAGCAGCCUGAGCGAGGUCGUGUCCUCACUGGAGCAGCCGCUUUUGGGAGAUCCCGAUCGCAGGCCAGCCCAAAAGAAAGACCCAUACUAUGGUGCUGAUUGGGGAAUGAGAUGGUGGACCGCAGUUGCCAUCAUGUUGGUCGUGGGCAUCGUUACACCUGUUUUUUACCUGUUGUACUAUGAAGUUUUGAUGAAAGCAGAUGUCAGCCACCACACUACCAUUGACUCUAUCAGGCCUGGACCAACACAGCCAGCUGUUCCUAAGAUUGGGUUACCACCACCUAGUGCUGCCUCUCACCAAGACUCUCACCUACAGGCUGCUGCUAAACAGCAACAUUUUGCGAAUCAUGAAGAGAAAGCAUAAAGGGGCACUUAAAUCUCCAGGAAAUUAAUUUGGAGGCAUUAAUGGAAGGUAUAAGCGGAACCACAUUUUUAAAACAAUUAACUGAAACACAUGAGAGGAUCGAGUCAAGACAUGAUUCCAAUCCUGUCAGCAUUUUUCCUUGAUGCAUUUUGCACAGUUGAUUGCUGGUUUUGUUGUGUGUGUCACUCAUGAGCCAGUGUGUAUCUCUGUACCUCUAUUAAGCUUGUAGUUUGCAUCAGUGGCAAAUGGCUGAUAUAUUGUUUAAAACAUUUGCUGCCACUGUCUGGUUGUCAGGGAAAUAAACAUGGUAAUUUAUUUUAGGAAAUGUAGAAUUCAGAUUCAGUAUUGCAGCUGACGGUAAUAAUGUUGCUGGUUUUAAUUUUUAAACUUUGCCUGUACAAAGAAAAACAAAACUUAAUGGAACCAUAAUGGCUUCCUGUUUUUUCUUCUGGCAAGAGUACAGGGAUGAUUUGUAAAAUGUUUUCAAACAUGUUCAAUUCCAUAUAAGUAGCAGAGAUGUAAGGAUUUCUAUGAAACAUGGCGUACAGUGAUUGAUAUUUGAACAGUAUGUGCCUUCAUCCUGUGGACUGUAAAUGCAGGUUGAAAAUAAAGGAAUUAUAUUUUA